CGAUCGGCGCACUCUCAACUCGUGUAUGGGUCGGGGUAGCUGGUGUCGUUUUGUGCUCGUUAUUUUUAUAAUCUUGUAGUCAAAGUAUUGGAAACAACGCAUAUUUUCAACUUGAUUAGAUUGUAACAACUGGAAAUUAAGUUAAUAUAAAAAUUAUUGAAUUAAAGUCGGUUUUUAAUUGCAUAAAAUGGUCUAUAUAGCAACUUUGGAUGUAGGCACUACUAAAGUGCGCUGUUUCAUCAUAGAUGAUAGCUGUGAAGUUCUUGGUUCAUCCACUGAAUGGGUUGACUUGCUAAACCCCCAGCCGGGGUACUUUGAAAUUGAACCGGAGUCGUUAUGGCGGAAAAUAGUCAGUGCUAUAAACAAUGCUGUUAUAGAUGCUCAAUUAAAACCCUCUGAUAUCACUUGUUUCGGCUUAUCAACACAACGCUGUACAUUCCUAACUUGGAACCAUGAGACGCAAGAGUACUAUCAUAAUUUUAUAACAUGGAAAGAUUUGCGUGCGAAUACAUUAGUCGACAAAUGGAACGCUGGAAUAGCUAUUAAGACAUUGAACACGUUUUCUUAUGUGCUUUACCUGUUAACGCGGAGCAAGCGAUUUUUAGCAGCGAGCGUUUUGAAAAUGAUGAAUGGACAGGUCACUCUACGACUACUGCAUGAGCUGCAAAGCAACACCCGUCUGCAAGAAGCAUUGAAACAAAAAAAAGCACGUGUGGAACUAUUAGACUCUUGGAUACUCUACAAAUUACGAUCGGGAAAUGGUGCAAAGUCAAAUGUUGAUCAUAUCAGCGACAUAACUUCUGCCACUGCAACUGGUCUUUUCGACCCAUUUACACUUAGCUGGUCGCCACUUACUAAGCUUCUAUUUGGAAUAGACACUUCUUUACUUCCAAAAGUUGUGGACAAUGGAUACAAAGAUUUCGGUUACAUACAUUCUGGUUCCUUAGGACCCGAUUGGUCUAACUGUCAUAUAUCUAUAAGUGCUUCCAUAAGUGAUCAAACCGCGGCGAUUUGGGGCUCGCAAUGCUUUGAGCGCGGCGAUGUGAAGAUCACCUUGGGAACUGGCGCUUUCCUCAACCUGGUCACUGGAAGUGAUUGCCAUGCAUCUUUAAUGGGAAUGUAUCCGCUGGUAGCUUGGCAAUUUAGAGACACUCAAGAACGUGCCCGAACAAUUUACUGUAUUGAAGGUGCAUCAUACGACAUGGGUACGGUGAUGGAAUGGGCUCAACGCUGUGGGCUCUUUGCCCAUCCCACGGACACGUCAGCCAUCGCGGAAUCAGUACCAAAUACGAAGGGCGUUUAUUUCAUACCAGCUUUUAGUGGUUUGGGCCCGCCAAUAAAUGAUCAGAAAGCAGCUUCGGGUUUCAUUGGAAUCACCCCAUCCACGACACGUGCACAUUUAGUACGCGCCAUAUUGGAGAGCAUAGCAUUUCGAGUCGCUCAAUUAUGUGAAACAGUCAAAAGAGAAAGCAAAUACAAAUUAAAAUUGUUAAGAGUCGAUGGUGGAGUAUCGCGCAACGAUUUUGUUUGCCAACUUAUUGCAGAUGCUACAGGAGUAUGCGUUGAGCGCGCCGUCUUUGCGGAAUCCAGUAUAAUGGGUGCAUCAUAUAUGGUGGGAUUUAAUAUUGGACUAUGGAACAGUUUUCACGAUUUGCAUAAGUUUCGCCAAAUUGAUCGUGCUUUUGAGCCACGUCCAGAGUUUUACUUAAGCAUUAGAGAAAGUUAUAUGGUUUGGAUGAAAGCAAUAGAACGUUUUGGUAAAUGGUAUUAGCAACUAGGAAUAAGUAGUAUUAAUAAAGUAAAUGUACCGCCUUUUGUGUGUAAUUUUUCAAGAUUACAUCUAAAUUGGUCAUAUAAUCUUUGGUAAUGGCAUUUCUUGUUACUUUCAUUUCUUCUGCUACUUUCUCCACUUUUCAUAUUUGGCAUUUUUUCGGACCACGUGCUUUAUAAGUAUGUAUGUAUAUUAUGUAAAUUUGCUCACAGAGACAAAUAAGGAUGAUACUAAUACCAAUCGGUGAGUCCGAAUGCAAAGCCCCAGAUAUUCCUAAUAGCGAUUGCCGCUAAUCGUUUAACCGAUUCUCAUUCUCACACCUUUGCAAUUCUAUUUUGGUGUGACUCGUCGAGCUCUCGAACGGCGCCUCCAUUGCUUCCAAUUAUUUUAGUUUUAGUCUAAAGAAAGCAACAGCAUUGAGAAGAACGAUAACAACUGGACCCUGACACUGAGAUCCGAAAAUUGGAUAAAAACCCGAGGAUUUCCUUGAAAAAACUUGCAAAGCAGCUUAACGAGAAGUGUGUUAUUGUUGUCUCUCCUGAAGCAGUGCGUCAAGCCAAAAUGCAUCACAAAUAUUUAUCGAGAUCAGCACGCAAGAAAUCAUUUCUGUGUACACAAAAAGGAAGAAAAACGCCUAUAUUUUACUUUGAACCACAUUUCCGAUCAAGAAGAUUAUUGGGACGACGUUAUAUUUAGCGACAAGAUAAAGGCAAUGCUGUAUUACAACGAUGGACCGACUAGAGUAUGACGCAAGCCCUCGAUAGCUUUACAAAAUCGAAAUAUAAUUCCAACGGUUAAACUUGGAAAAAAUUCCGUUAUGGUUUGAGGAUGCAUUUUAUUGAUGGCGCAAUUAGCGCCAAAGAAUAUUUAAAUAUUAUAUAUUGAAAAAAAAACUUAGUCGGCUGUGCUAAAAAAUUAGAGUUAAUCACUGAGAAUAAACCAAACUUAAAUUUCACCAAGAUAACGACCCAAGGCAUAAGGAGCAUAAUGUGCAGAUGUGGCUUCUCCACAAUUGCGGGAAAGUUAUAAAUACACCAGCCCAGAGUCCCGACAUAAACGUGAUUAAAAAUGUGUCGGCUUUUUUGAAGAAAAGAGUAGCUUAGAAGACAUAAAAAAAUGCAGCAGCAUUAAAACUGCAAUAAUGGAGGAAUGUCAGAAUAUACCGAACGCAUACGACGUAAACAAAUGGUACAUAAAAAAGCGCCUUAAAAGUGUUAUUGAAGCUCAUACCAAAUUUUAAAUUGAUCAAAUAAUGACGUAUUCACAUUAUGUAUUACAUUAAAGUUGGUAAAAACAGUUUAUUGACAGUGUCGAAAUAGUGUAAAUAGGGAUUUUUUCUAUUGAAAUCGAAAUAUUCAAUUUAUUCUCAAUAUCAGAACUCACACCUGACAAACUGUAUGUAUGUAGGUGUUAUAACGUUUUUUUUCUUAUCUGAAUUUAAGAAAUGAAUUGUGAAAUUUGAAUUAACCAUUUUACUUUUGUAAAUAAAAUCCCUUUGUUUAAAAUAAAACCAUAAUAAAAGUUCAGAAACAAUAACUGC